AUGGGAUGCAUAUGCGAUAAAGCAGAUGUUGAAAUUGCAGAUCGAGAAUUUAAAGUGAUUAGGCAGUUCGGAAAAGGGGGAUUUAGUCAACUGUUUUUGGUGGAAGAGUUGAGCACUAAACGAAGAUGGGCUAUGAAAAGAUUAGACUGCCACUCACAAACAGACGUUCAGCGUGUUUGUCGUGAGAUUGAGAUGCAUCGUCAGUUUGGAUCUCAUCCCAACAUUCUUCCGCUUGAAGCAUUUACAAAACGAAAAACUGCUUAUGGAUAUCAGUUUGAUCUCAUUUUUGAAUAUUAUAAGGUAGGUUUCAUAAGGAUCUGUCUAAAUCACAAGUUUUCUUUACAGAAGGGGAGUUUACAAGAUGAACUUUUACGCCGACGUGUAAAUAUGGAUUAUUUGAGUGAAAGCAGGGUGAUUCAAAUCUUUUCACAGGUAGUAAAUGCUGUGUCUGUGUUGCACUCGCAUUCCCCAUCCAUUGCUCACAGGUUCUUUUUAAAUAUAGCUUUACCUUUUCAAUUAUUUCAUAAUCAGUAUUGUGAUAUGCAUUUUUUUUUCAUGAAGCAUAAUUUUUCCUUCGUAGAUAACGGUUCUGCUUACCAGCUUCAACAUCAUCUUCCUGAUUUUUUUUUAUAUUCGAAGUUUCGUAGGGAUUUAAAGCCGGGCAAUAUUCUGUUUUCAAAUGAUGACCAACCCAUUUUGAUGGACUUUGGAUCUUGUUGCGAAUGUCCAAUCUACAUUAAGGAUUAUAAAGACUCUAGGUUUCAACUGGAUGAAGCUAGUGAAUUAUGUUCUAUGCCUUACAGAGCUCCAGAGCUUUUCACUUGUGAAAUAAGUUCUGUUAUUGAUUGCGCAAUCGACAUAUGGUCGCUGGGUUGUUUGCUGUAUGCAUUGUGUUUCUUUCGCUCGCUGUUCGAUGAUAUUUAUGAGAGGGGCGACAGCAUUGCUUUGGCCGUACAGUCCCCAAAUAUCGUAAUACCCAAUGGCCACCCGUUAGUCGUUUUUUGUUUACUUUAG